AUGAGUAGCAUCUGGAAAACCAAGCUUAAGAGAGUUAGGAAGCAUGCCUUGAGUGCAGCAACAAGUUUUAUUCUCUACAUGCUCUUCUACAGAAUAGUCCUCAUAUCCCUUACAAUCUUCAGACUGAAAUGCUCUAACUUCUACAUUGAAAAUCUAAAAUACAACUCAGCAAAAGAUAGCUCCUGCUUGAUUUCAUUCAAAUCCGAUGCCUUUUCCCCCCUCUAUAUUGAUUUUUAUUCUUCAACGGCUAGUGUUUGCAUCGAAACUCCAAGAGGGAUCUACAGCGUAUGCGAGCUGAGCUUUGGUCAUAUUGAACUCAAUAAGUUUGGAAACAUAGAGUUUAACUCAACCGUGGCACUAAAUCAUAUUGAUUUUUCAAAAAUUCCUGCAUUUCUAAAUAGUAAUCGAAAGAUCACUCUUGAGCUGAGCAUGGUUGUAAGCCUAAGAUUCCUUCUCAUACCCCUUACAUUUGUUGUAAAUAAGAAGCUAUUUAAAAUUGACCAGAUGCUCUUGGACAAUAAUGCAAAUUCGGGAUUUAAAGAUAAAAACAUGGUUAUUGAUCAGUUUUUCAAAUCUUUAAACGUCCAGCCCGAUAGACGUUCGAGGGAGAAUCUUGAGAAGUGUGAUUUAUUAAAAAGCUUCGACAUCAAAAAUGUACAGUUCGAAGGUAGAUGCUAUAAUAGGGUUGUCCUGAGUUUCAUGCCUCUUCAUGGAGCAAAGCUUAUCAAAGAUGUCGACCUACAUUUCGAGAACUUCCAUUUAAACUUUACAAUGCCCAUACCACUGAGAGUCAUUGUUAAAGAUGUGAGCAUGUCCUCUGCUGGAUACAGGCUUGAUGUGCUGGUUCCAGAUAUCGGGUCUCCAAACAUUAUUGUAAAAAUUUUGCAAAUAUAUUGGGAAAAGAAGCUCAUACACAUUGAGGUUGAUCGAGUUUGGCACCGUAAAUCUAGCGUCGCAAAUCAGAAGACAUCAAGUGAGCAGGAUGUUCUUGUCUAUCAAAAAUCCAACGAGCGUAAUCUUGUUAGUUUAACAAUUCCGUUCAGUGAGGGCAAGCUUCACUUGUUCAAUGGAAAUUGGAAAGUCAGAGAUUUUCACAUUUUGCCUGGACAAAAUUUGUUGGAAAUGCAUCAUUAA